UUAUUAAUUUAUUAUAUAUAUGUGUCGUACGGAUGAUAGCUGAAUAAUUGCCGCACAGUUUAUAGUUCAUAAUAUUCGCAAUGUACACAUGUACACAUUGUAUGUGCUAAUGGCUAUUCAAAUCACGUUAUUUCGCCAGUUAUAAUAUACAUUGUCAACAAAUCACAAAAUAUUCAAGAACAUAUUCAAAUCUAUUAGUAGUGUCCUUCGGGCUAUCAUCAACUGAACAUCUAAACUGAAUUCGUGUACAGAAUUGUCGUGUACAGAAUUAUUAUAUUCGCUCAAAUAUCCAGCAUUAUUUCUAAGUGAAUAUAACGAUUAAAGUAUUUGAUAACUGUCAAUUACAUUAAUAAAUUAUGUUUGUAAGACAACGCUUGUGCAUAUUCGAUAAAUUAUACACAGAAGAUCAUUAUAAUGAGUUUUUCAAUCCGAAUAUUUGUCAUGUCUGCAAGAAGCCGAAUCAAGGCGAAUUAAUUCCAUGUGGUUCGUGCGACAUGGUUUUUUAUUGUUCCACGGACCAUCAAAUAAUGCAUCAAAGCUCGCAUAUGGAAGUCUGUGCAGUUAUUCCAUUUGCAAGAACAGAAAACUUGGAAUCGAACGCUCGUCCUUUUAACUCAGAUGAUGAAUGGAGGUCAUCUCGAAAGACAUUUAUGCAAGGAAUUCAGGUGAAAAUGACACGUGAUCUAAUGCCGUACGAGAAAGAGAUGAUAAUGUGCGCCAAAUCAUGUCUUAUUUGUCACCAACAGAUGGGACUGCUAACUUGCAGGACCUGCUAUUCCGCCAAUUAUUGUGACGAGCACCAAUGGGAUUUUAAAGAAAAACACGAUUUCAUGUGCUUGAAUUUAUUGGUACAUUUGAAUUUGAAUAUCUUACGUCUAAAUUACCUUAUAAUAUCGUAUUCACAUAAUGUACAAUUUUCCAAAAUGAAAGAAGGUUGUGAUAACAUGUUUGCAUUUGGUAAUCGAUACAUUGUUGGCGAAUCUAAUGUUUGGAAUGCGGAUUGUUACAUAACGUCGAAUUAUGUAUCAGCUCCACUGACACUAUACUACGGGUUAAAGGAAUUCGCUAAUUUAUUUGAAGAAACACAGAUUUAUAGAGAUGAAUAUAAUUUUAACCGACGUGGACGCUACAAAAGUUAUUUCUUUAUCGUACAUAUCAUAGGUGCGAGUUCAGCAGAUGUAGCGGGCUUACCAUCAUGGGAGAUUUUCUUACAUUUUUGCCAUGAAUUUAAUUCGGUUAAGAAAAUUAUGGAAUUAAGAGUUAUACUGGUUCAACCAGAAACGGAUUGUGACAGGAAUCAAUAUUACAAAGUUUGCGGCGGAUGCUUCGCAGCAAACAAGAAACUAUACCUUGCGAAUGCACGUGUGUCAUAUGACGAUUAUAUUCGCACACAAUUGUAUAAAGAAGCAAAUAUCAUAAUUGCAUUUCAAGCAGAAUUUAAUGCGGGGAGUGCACCGUUUGAAAUUUUCCGCGCAACACAAGAUCGUAAAUGUCCGUUUUUUUUCACCACUGCGUCACAAAAUGAAGCAGAAGAGGGCAUAAUGAAGUUACAUGAAGUAAUGAAUGUUCCUAGAGAACAUCGUUCUGUAGAAAAUAAAUUUUGUAGUUAUAGACCUUUCAGAAUCUACGGGACUGGUGAAAUUUAUUAUCGUAAUACUUAUUUAGUUGUGUUCUCAUGAACUUAAAUAAUACAAGCGAGACAACAAGACAUUUAGUUAAUAUAUAACAACGUCCGGAAUUUUUUUCAGUUUGGGAACGGUUUCGAGGUUACAUUUACUUACUAUACUUCCCUUUUCCACUCUAACUAGUUCGCAGGGUCAUAGGAUUAAUAAUUGCAUUGCUCUGACUUAGGGCCAUCACACACAAAAUUACAUAGACGCAUAUGCAUAGCAUAAGAUCGCGAUAUUGAUUAUUAAGUCGCGAUAUUGAUGACUGAUGCUUAAUUUUCCAUGCCCAUUGGUCUAUACGAUCUUAUGCUAUGCAUAUGCGUCUAUGUAAUUUUGUGUGUGAUGGCCUUUAUGGCCGUUUAUAUGAAGUUUAUGUUGUACGAAUUAAAUUUUAAUCGGCUGUUGAUAAGUGCCUCACAUAUGUUACACUAUAAAUGAUCCUAAGGCUUCGUUCUUUAGCUGAAACGGCAAAGUGUACCUGAGCCCGAUAAAAAAUGAAAAUCCGUUAAUUUUCUCGUUAGUUUAAUUUUCAUUGUAAUUUUAUAUUCUUAUAUUUGUAUUCCUAUGCUUUGUUAUGAUUGUAUUUGCAAUUUAGUUAUAAUUGUAUCCGCAAUUUUUCAGCAUUAUUGAUUAUUACAUGUAAAUUUGAUAGUAUUCAAGUAUAACUAAUCUCUCUUUGUUGAUAAAAUAUACAGUCAUUGUCAAAUAUAUUGCCUUGAAUUUCUUUUCCUUUGAAAAUGCGUAACAUAUGUUAUAGAGGUUUAGUCUCGGUUUAAUGAUUAUUAUAUCGUUAAUGUGAAAUAAUUUUGUAAUAUCUUGCAUAGUAGGCAAGAUAUACUAUUUCAGAACUUUGAAGUUGCAAUUUCUCAGACCACUAAUUAUUAUGAUAAACUGAUUAUUAUGACUAAUUAUUAUGAGCAAACAUUAUAGAGGCCUUUUUGUAUAUGUGUUCAUGUCUGCUUUGAAAAUGAAUUUGUGUGUAAGUGAAUUUCAAAGCAAAAUUUAAAUAUCCUUAUAAGAAGAACAGAAUAAUUUUUUUGAUAGCAAUAAUUAAUUAAUUAAUAUAUAUGCACCACAUUUUUUAUAUAAAUAAAUAUUACAUAUGUUUGUGCAAUUAUGUUAAGAUUAGUUAUUUUAUUAUUCACUUAAUGUAUAUAUGUGUUGCACGGAUUAUAGUUGAGUAAUUGCCGUAUAGUAUAUACGUAUAAUAUUCCAGAUCAACGCAUGUAAAUAUUAUACGUGCUAAUGGCUGUAGGAAACUGUUAUUUCACCAGUUACAAUAUAUACUGUCAGUAAAUCACAGAGUAUUCGAAAAUAUACAUGAAUCUAUUAUUAGUGUCCUUCGGGCUAUCAUCAACUGAACAUCUAAAUUGAAUUUGUGUACAGAAUUGUUGUGUACAGAAUUAUUAUGUUCGCUCAAAUAACCAGCAUUAUUUCUAAGUGAAUAUAACGAUUAAAGUUAGUAUAAAUUAUCAAUUGCAUAAGUAUAUUAUAUCCGAUAUAACUAAACGUCUGCGUUUAGUUAGAAAAUCAUACACAGAAUAUAAUUAUAAUCAAUUUUUUAAACCGAACAUCUGCCAUGUCUGUAAGAAGUCAAGUAGCCAAGACGAAUUAAUCACAUGUGAUUCGUACGGCAUGGUCUUUUAUUGUGGCAAUGAGCAGCAAAUGAUACAUAAAAGUUCGCAUGUCUGUGUCAUUAUGGCAAACGCAUGUCUGGAAGUCUGUGUCAUUAUGGCAAACGCAAGAACAGAAGAUUGGGACGAGAGCACGUCGUUUUAACUCAGAUGAAGAAUAGAGGUCGUCUCGAGAGAUAUUUAUGCAAGGAAUUCAAAUGAAAAUAUCACGUGAUCUAAAGUCAUACGAGAUAGAGAUGAUGAUGUGCGCAAAAUUAUGCCUCAUUUGUUACCUACAGAGUAACCUACGAACCUGCAACAUCUGCUAUUCCGCCAAUUAUUGUGACAAACACUAUUUAAAAUUUCAAGAAAAACACAAAUCUAUGUGCACAGACUUACUGGUAUUGUUGAACUUGAAUAUUUCAAUUAUCAACAACACUAACAUAAAGUCAUAUUCACAAAAAAUAAAGUUUUCCAUAAUGAAAAUAGGUUUUGAUGACAUGUUUACAUUUGCUAAUAUAUACAUUAAAAAAUAUAGAAAACGAAAUUUAGAAACUUGGUCUGAGAUGUCUUACAUCUAUUCGGAAUAUGUCAGCUUCAUUGACACUGUAUGACGAGUUAAUGCAAUUCGAACAUUUACUUGAUGUAACAGAAAUUUAUAAAAUAGAAAUAGGUUUACUAAACACCAAAAUAUCUCUUUAUUGUACAUAUCAUAGAUGUGAGUUCAGUAGAUAUAACGGGUUUACCAUCGUGGGAGCUUUUCAUGCAUUCUUGCAGUAAAUAUAGAAAUUUUAGAAUUGUAAUUAAGGAAUUAAGAGUUAUAUUGAUAGGACCAGAAACAGAUUGUGAGUGGAAUGGAUACUACAAUGUUUGUUGAAUAUGCUGCAAUUCAAAUAAACAGCUUUAUUUUGAAAAUGCUUGUGUGUCAUAUGAGAAUUGUAUGCGCACAAAUUUGUAUAAGCAAGCAAAUAUCAUUAUUGCAUCUCAAGCAGAGUUUAAUGUGGAGAGUGCCCUGUUAGAUAUUUUCGUCGCAAUACGAGAUCGUAAAUGUCCGUUUUUUUUCACCACAUCAUCACAAAAUAAAGCAGAAGAAAUCAUAAAUAAGAUAAAAGGAGUUAUGAGUAUCCCUCAAGAAAAGUAUUCCAUAAGAAAUAAAUUCCGUAGUUUCAGGCCGUACAGAAACUACGAGACUGGGGGAAUUUAUUAUCGUAAUGUUCAUUUAGUUGUGUUCUUAUAAAGUUAAAUAAUACAAGCGAGACAACAAUAAAUUUGGUUAAUUUAUAACAGCGUUCUGAAUUUGGGAAAGUUUCAGAGGCUACAUUUACUUAUUAUAAUUUAUUUUUCCACUC